GAGGACACGGCCACAGGAGCGCGCCAAUGUCGCUUCCCUCUGGUUUCAGCUGCAAACGCUCCCCUAAACAUCUGACACCACUCUCUCUCUUCUCUCUCCUCUCUCUUCUCUCUUCGUUCUUCUUUCUUCUUCCUCUUCUUCUCAUCACACAGCUCCAAAACAAUGCAUUCCAUUCCCAGAACCAUUUCUAACUCCUAACACUCCCAAACCUUCUCAUCUUUUGCUUUUCAAUCUUUGUAUUUUUAUUUUUUGUUGGAUUUUUGAUCGAUGAUUCGAAGAAUUUUGGCAAACGAGAUCUGAAGAAGAUCGGUAUUGAUAAAUUUUUUUUGUUUUGUUUUGAAAAUUUGGAGGUUUGUUUUGGGAAUUUGAUGAUACGCCAAAUUAGAAUACAUUGGCAUCUAUGAAGACUGUACGGGUGGUUGAAGUUGAGACGAAUCGGCUUCUUCGGUGGCUUCCCAAGCUUUGUUUCAGAUGGAAUGGCAGAUCCUGUUAAUUAUGGCAAUCCUGAGCGUGACAUCGAUCAGGCACUCAUUACUUUGAAAAAAGGUACCCAUUUAAUUAAGUACAGCCGCAAGGGGAAACCUAAGUUUUGUCCAUUCAGAAUUUCUGCAGAUGAAACGACAGUGAUCUGGUACUCUAAUGGACGUGAAAGGAAUCUGAAGUUGUCAUCUGUUUCACGGAUUGUCCCUGGACAGAGAACCGCUGUGUUUAGAAGAUAUUUGCGCCCUGAAAAGGAGUACUUGUCAUUUUCACUUAUAUAUAAUAACGGUGAAAGAUCUCUAGAUCUGAUUUGCAAAGACAAAGUUGAGGCGGAGUUGUGGCUUGCAGGCCUGAAGUCUUUACUAUCUCCUGGUCAAAAGUAUAGUAGACGUACUCGAAGUGAUAUUAGUGAUUUAUAUGCUGGUGGUAGUGAUUUCUUUUCCAAUGGCCGUCCUUUUGGUGCGACACUAGAGUUCACUUCAAGUAUCGCCCGUGGUAGAGUGUCCAUUGAUUCAUGUGCUAGUGAAACUUUGAAUUUUCCAAGCUCAGAUGUGGGGUCUGAACGUGCAAGUAUGCAAGGAAGAACAAGCAUUGGAGAUGGUUUCCGAAUUAGUGUUUCAAGCACUCCUAGUUGUUCAAGUCAAGGCUCUGGACCAGAUGAUAUAGAAUCCUUGGGUGACGUCUAUAUUUGGGGAGAGGUUUGGUGUGACACAACUGAUGGAUCUGUGAGUCCAUAUCCUACAAAAAAUGAUGUGUUGAUUCCUAAACCUUUAGAAUCGAAUGUUGUUCUUGAUGUUCACCAAAUUGCUUGUGGUGUUCGACAUUUUGCUCUUGUUACGAAGCAAGGCGAGGUCUUCACUUGGGGAGAGGAAUCUGGGGGGAGACUUGGUCAUGGAAUUGAUAAGGAUUUCAGUCGCCCUCAUCUUGUUGAUUUUCUAGCGGUUACUAAUGUAGAUUUCGUUGCAUGUGGUGAAUAUCAUACAUGUGCUGUAUCUAUUUCUGGUGAUUUAUAUACCUGGGGUGAUGGUGCCCAUAAUGCUGGUCUUCUUGGUCAUGGCACAGAUGUUAGCCACUGGAUACCGAAAAGAGUUUCUGGUCCUCUAGAAGGAGUUCAAAUUUUUUCUGUUGCAUGUGGCACGUGGCAUUCAGCAUUGAUAACUUCUAAUGGAAAGUUAUUUACAUUUGGUGACGGAACAUUCGGUGUCUUGGGCCAUGGUGAUCGAGAAAGUGUCCCUUUUCCCAGGGAAGUUCAAUUAUUAAGCGGAUUAAAGACUAUUAAGGUUGCAUGUGGAGUGUGGCACACUGCAGCCAUUGUAGAGGUUAUGGGCCAACAAGGUGCGAAUGUUUUAUCUAGGAAGUUGUUCACUUGGGGGGAUGGCGAUAAAAACCGAUUGGGUCAUGGAAACAAGGAAACAUAUCUGCAUCCGACCUGUGUCUCUGCACUUAUUGACUACAAUUUCCAUCAGCUAGCUUGUGGACAUUGUAUUACUGUGGCCCUUACUACAUCUGGACAUGUCUUCACGAUGGGCAAUACUGCUUAUGGUCAAUUGGGCAAUCCACAGUCUGAUGGAAAGUUGCCUUGUUUAGUACAAGAUAGAUUGGUAGGUGAAUUUGUCGAAGAAAUAUCAUGUGGUGCAUAUCAUGUUGCUGUCCUGACAUCAAGAAGUGAAGUUUUUACUUGGGGUAGAGGUGCCAAUGGAAGAUUGGGACAUGGGGACAUUGAAGAUCGGAAGUCUCCAACUUUGGUUGAAGCACUAAAAGAUAGGCAUGUAAAAAACAUAUCGUGUGGCUCAAAUUAUACCUCGAGUAUAUGCAUUCAUAAGUGGGUAUCUGGAGCAGAUCAAUCAAUUUGUUCUGGUUGUCGGCAAGCGUUUGGUUUCACUAGAAAGAGACAUAAUUGUUAUAACUGUGGAUUGGUUCAUUGCCAUGCUUGCAGCUCCAAGAAAGCAUUGAAAGCUGCAUUGGCUCCAACUCCAGGCAAACCUCAUCGUGUUUGUGACUCUUGCUAUGCUAAACUAAAAUCUUCUGACGCUGGUAAUGGCUCUUAUUAUAAUAGGAAAUUUACUGCCCUUCAUCACACAAUAGACAAUAGGGAGAGAUCAGACAGGGGAGAGUCAAGAACUUCAAGAAUUUUGCUCUCUCCUACCACAGAACCAGUCAAGUACCUCGAGGUAAAGUCAGCAAAGCCUGGAACGAGGUCUGAUAACUAUGCUAUAGUCCGAGCUUCCCAAGUUCCAUCACUUUUACAACUAACAGACAUUGCAUUCCCAAGUUCAUUGAGUGCUCUUCAAUAUGCUUUCAAACCUAUUACGGCACCUCAUCCUCAACCUCAGCCUCCUCCACAGUUUCAGCCUCAGCCUCCGUCGGCAGCCAACUCAAGAUCCUCUUCACCAUUCUCAAGAAGGCCAAGUCCUCCACGCUCUGCAUCUCCUGUAUUUUCUAAGGGCGUGAUUGAUAGUCUCAAGAAGACCAAAGAUCUUUUGAGCCAAGAAGUGACAAAAUUGCAGAGCCAAAUUAAAAGUUUAAAGCUGAAAUCUGAAGUCCAAGAUACUGAGAUUAAAAAACUAGAAAAUUUUGCCCAAGACGCUACUCUCUUGGCUGCGCAGGAAUCUUCCAAAUGUAUAGCCGCAAAGGAAGUUAUCAAGUGUGUCUCAACUCAGUUGAAGGAAAUAACAGAGAAGUUGCCUCCUGAGGUAUCAAACAGUGACGACUUUAAAGACAUGAAUGCUCUAGUCGAAGAUUUUCUGAGUAGGAAUAGAGUUCCAGGGUCUGAUUCUCAUUCUUCCUUGCAAGAAGACUUGGUGUAUGACCAUCAAAAUCGGCCUGAUAGAACUUCCUUGAUUGAGUCUACUAAUAGGCAAGAUCGUAGGAUGGAAGAUCAUCUGGAUGUUGUAGGAGUUAGAGAACUACCACAAAAUGGUGAAGAUACUCCAAGGAAUAGUAACAGACUAUCUGAUGCUAGAGAACCUGUACCUAUACAAAGCAAUGAGAGUGGUUCAAGAUCACCUAAAGCUCCUCCAAAGACUGAAGGACAAAAAGAAGUCAUUGAACAAUUUGAACCCGGUGUUUAUGUAACUCUUAUUCAACUGCAGGAAGGUACUAAGAUCUUCAAGCGAGUUAGAUUCAGCAAAAGAAGGUUUGCCGAGCAGCAGGCAGAGGAAUGGUGGAAGGAAAACAAAGACAGACUACUUAAAAAGUACAGCCCGCCGCCAACGUCAAAUAACACUCCAACGAGACCACCCACAACUCCAACGCCUGCUGAUGAGAAUGCUGAGGUGGUGAAUACUGAGGCGGCAAAUACUGAGGUGACACCAUCUCUGUAAACAUGGUUUUGUAGCUUAGUCUCUUGCAAUCAAAUGCGGACAAAUGCGAAAAGUGUAAGUAGGAAAAGUUAUCAGCAACUGUAUGAGACGGUGGAUGUUGUAAGGCCGACGUGUUUGCUCUCAGAAACAUAUUAUAGCUUUUUUCCGAGUACGAUGGACAACGGGAUUCUUUCUUUAUUCUGGCCUGCAGGCACGAUAUCUAAUGUCGUAAAAGACAAAAGUGAAAUGCUUCUUAACACCAAUUGAUUUUUAGGAGAGGUGGUGAAACUCGGUGUGACAAUAAUUUUUGUCAUUCAUUUAAAUAUUUAUUCUUUUGUGUUGUGCUAUUUCCAGAAUCUAAUAGUUGCUAUUCAAGUUGUACAGUAAGUGAAUUUUCUAGUGGGGAAAAAACAUACAUUGUUGUCAUUUGUAGAGCUACAUUUUUUAGGUAGAACCCUUUGUAAUGCAAGGAAGUGCAUUUUUCUUUCAUUGUAUCUGGGAGAGAGAUCAGAUUGUAGGGCUUCCGCAAGUUUUAUGCAUGUUGAUAUGGCAGUUCAGAUUAAUGCUAGAAUGAUCAAAUUAAUGUAUCAA